UCUCUUGCUACCUUCUUCCAAUGCCUCUUCAACCCCAUGUCACCUUCCACGUUCCUUGUGUUCCUUGUGAUCUCUUUCUCCGGGUUGCUAUAAACCACCUCAAACAAAUAUGCACCUGCAACUCUCAUUACUUCUUCUAUUGCUGCUUUCGGCAAGUCGAGUGGUUGCUGUGGCUGCACCGACUCCGGCGCUGACUCCAGCCCCUACUCUUCUUACUCCUUCUACAACGACCAAUGCUGGUCUUCAGCGAAGAGCCACUGCCACCAAUGACUAUGACCCCCAUAUCACAAUUGACAUUCCCACCAUCUCCAUCAAGCCCUUUAGCCUCAGUCUGUCGCUGGAUCUGCCGUCCAACACCUGCACCCCGACUAUUUCUCCCGAUGCCAACGGCUAUGUUCCUCCUGACCAGUGCAAUGCCCUGUACCAGUACUACCCGUCCUUUGGCGCCGCACUCGCCUUCUCCGUUCUCUUCGGCGUCUUGAUGAUCACCCACCUUGUUCAAGCCACUAUCCACAAGGCAGGAUUUGUUUGGGUUAUCUUGAUGAGCGCGAUCUGGGAGUGUGUAGGGUUCGUCACCCGCACGCUGAGUACGCGCAGUCAGCAGGACACGACUCUUGCUACUGUCACCCAGUUGUUCAUUCUUUUAUCUCCGCUAUGGGUUAAUGCAUUCGAUUACAUGGUUCUAGCUCGAAUGAUCUACUUCUUCGUGCCGGACCGUCGAAUCGGCAUCUUCAAACCCUCCUUGUUAGCUAUGAUUUUCGUCCUUCUGGACCUAGGCUCCUUCGUCAUCCAAUUGAUCGGCGGUACCAUGGCGGGGCCCGGAGCGGACAAUGCGACGAUGAUGAAGGGAAUUCACAUCUACAUGGGCGGGAUCGGAAUCCAGCAGUUCUUCAUUGUGCUUUUCCUCUUCAUCGCCGUCCAGUUCCAUCGCCAGAUGCUCCACCUUACACGCCAGGGUCGCCUGGUCGGCCCCAAGGCCCAAUGGCGCGGCUUGCUGUAUGCCCUGUACACGAGUCUGCUGUUCAUCACCGUGCGCAUCAUCUACCGGCUGGUGGAAUUCUCGUCGGGCAACGACGCCUCCAACCCCAUCCCACGCCAUGAGUGGUACAUGUACGUGUUUGACGCCGUGCCCAUGUGGUUUGCCAUCGUCGUGUGGAGCAUCGUCCAUCCGGGGGCGAUCAUCAAAGGGCCCGACGCGGAGAUGCCCCCGAGCCCGCUGCGCAAGAUCGGCUGUUGUGCUUGCUGCAGGAAGCCAAAGAAUAAGCACGGCAUGCGGAGAAUACCGGAGAAUGGCGAUGUCUUUCAAGAGGAUAUGUUGCCGUUGCAUGAGCGGGAUGCUUCUUCUUACAGAAGUUGAUGGCUAAUGCUUGAAGGUCAAGUAGAGGUCGGCAUUUCAUUCGCUCUCAUUUGACGCUAUGUUUUGAUGGUUUGGAUAUUGUCUUAUGCUUACCUUUCGUCACUGCCACCGGAGUGCAAAAAAGAAGGUCGGCGGUUGAGUAUGACUUUGGUCCAUCGUGCACAUCUUCCCACACUACUUGAAGUAUAUCUUUUGAGAUCUAUGUAUAUACUAGCAUCUGAUAUCUGAUCCCAUCUUCAGGAUAAUGAUAUAGUCAAAUCUGCACACGAC